AUGACGAUUGGGAUUUUAUCCUCAUCUAUGGACGAUUUAGCGCGAAAAUUGAUGUCCAAUCUGGACCGAAGUAGAAUAUUCCCACCGUAUUAUAAUAAGCCAGAAGAUUUGAUUAACUUAAAUUCAAGUCAUCACGUCAAAAGACCGCCGAAUGGAUUCCUACUUUGUCGAAAGAAUGUUAACAGGGAGGCCGGGCGGUAUGGAAUAUGCAACAUGCGCGUCAUCAGCAAAGUGACAGGGAUGUUAUGGCGUGAUGCUUCGCCCGAGGAAAAGAAUGCUUAUGAAAAUCUCGCCACGCAAGUUAACAGAUUACAUUCCGCCAAAUUUCCGAAUUACAAAUAUCAACCAUCUUCUCGCGCAAGGUCCUCCAACGUUUCCACUCAUUUGUCCUCGUAUCAACCAUAUACGAUACCGCAACGGCCAUUUCCAGUUGCCUCACAAACCCGGGUUGCUUACUCCCAACCAACUUACUACACCGACACGUUAUUCCAAAGUUUUACACCAGAAGAGGUCACCUAUCUUCAAUUUAUUCCUGAACUUAAUCAUGAACUUGUUGCAGAACAAUUCCCUCAUCAUUCUCACCAACUAUGA